UGGGCGAUCAAAGGCUCUGCCAACCUUUCCCCGCGUGCAGGGCACUGCUGCCUGUGGGUGGGACAGCCGGACAGUGUCCGAAUAGCAGGAAAUGGGACAGCUGGGAGGGUAAUAAAAUCGGUUGGCUGUUGUCGGACCCAUGGCUUCAGGUCAAAGCAGCACUGAGGUCAUCCACACCCAGCCUCAAUGGCAGCAUAAGUCCACGUCAGCCUCUCAGGACCAGAUGUCCAAGCCAAUUGCUCUGGUUUCCCCAGGACUGCAGUGCCUUGUAGAGGUGGAGGAGGUUAUAUUGCAGCAUAAAGUUUUCCAGACCAACGCUGGUCAGAUCCUCUUCUCUGUACAUCGGGAGGCUGAGUGCUGCGGGCCAGGCCUGAACCUGAGACUCAGAGACCCGUACCAGACAGAGGUGGUAUCGAUGUACCUGGCGUCCACUGGCAGAUGCGGAGUAGGAGAAGCGUAUCUGAGGAUUGAGACUCUUCCCACCCAGCCCAUAGGGUUUGUCACGAUUGCCAACACGUCUAGAGAGCUGAACGUCUCAAUCCAGAUGGAGAAUCGGGAACCGGUGUUCUCCGCCCGGCUGCCCAUAGAUCUGGACUCACGCCGUGACAGUACUAUUGAGAUUCUUACUGUAAGCGGAAAUCACCCUGUGGCCAAAAUAAAGAAAGAGAUAGAGCACGAAUCUUCCAAGGUCACCUUCCAGUUUCCCUUAAAGUUGGCAGCUAUACUGAAAGCGGUAAUCCUGGGUGCAUUCCUCUUCAUGACUUACCGAGUGAACCAAUUGACCAGCAGCCAUUCUACAGCUGAUGACAUUGGGUGGGCAUCUGCCGGUGGUUUUUCCUUUGGUAUUGAUACUGGUGGUGGCAGUGAUUGGGGCAAUGAUGACAAGACUCUUUUGCCUCCUUCCAUUAUUUCUGCACCAUCUGCUCAUGUGGGGUGCAGUACAAUGAGGACAUUGAAGAUUCAAGUGUGGAAGUGGAACAGGAUGAGGGCGAUAAUUGUGUACUACUACUAUCUGACACUAAUGAGGAGGACGAGGAUGUUGAUGAUGUUGUUUGUGUAA